AGCCGGCCCAGCUUCAGAGAGGAAGCGCUUCCUUCCCAUCCCUUGCCUUCUCAUCUCAGCUCCUGCACUGCCUGAAAUCCACACACCUGCUCUCCUUUGAUGAUGUCUACUGAGCAAAUGCAGCCUCUGGAGCUCUCAGAAGACAGACUGGACAAGCUAGACCCUCGCUGUGGCCACUUAGAUGAUCUUUCAGACCAGUUUAUUAAGGAUUGUGAUCUCAAAAAGAAGCCUAUAAAGGGGAAAAAUGCACAAGUCACCCUGAAUGUUGAGUCAGAUCAGAAAAAACCAAGGAGAAAAGACACACCAGCCCUGCACGUCCCGCCUUUCAUACCAGACGUCCUUUCAGAACAUUUAAUUACAAGAUACGAUGUCCAAGACAUGCAUCCAAAGGGCAAAAUGAGUCCAGUUCUUCAUAACACUGACCUGGAACAGAAAAAGCCAAAGAGAAAAGACACACCUGCCCUGCACGUGUCCCCCUUUGCAGCAGGUGUGACACUGCUCCGGGACGAGAGACCCAAAGUGAUCACGGAAGAUGAUGAAAAAGAUGGUGACAAGAUAGCUAUUUAAAGACAUUUCCCCUGAGACCACUUGCAAAUAGGUUAGAUUGGUUCCCUAUGGCGACCUAGCAAAAAAAUAGACUUGUUUCUGCUCUCAUUUUGUCAUAGUCCACCUUUAACAUCCAGGCACCUUUUCCCCAAAAGGCCCAUUAUAUCAGAUCGCCAGUCACCUCUUUGUCUCUUCUUUCUUAAAUCUAGUUUCAAUCCCACUGCUUCAACUUUCAUUUUUCUGAUGAAAAGUGGAAAGAAAGCAGACCAUCUUAAACUUGGUAAAUAACAGGGAAAGCUUUAGUGCUCAGCCUCUGCAUCAAUUCAUGGAGCAAAGAACAUGGAUAACAUGGGAGGGAACUCUAUAUUUUUUGGUUUGUGCUGCCACGUAGACUUGACUUCACAUCAUUCAACACCAGUUCAAGUGGGGGCUCCCUCGUGCCAAUUAGGAAGAGAAUGUGUGGGUUCUAACCCACUGAUUGCUUUGGAGAACAUAGUCUUUUAUCUCUUUUAUCCUCUCUCGAGAGUCCAAGUGUCUCUGGUAACAUACCUAACUAAGAGCCUUGUAACUGAUACCCUUUAGGGUGUAUGUGAGCUGGGGGAGUCAACCUAGGCAACCAUGCCUUGGCUGAAAACACCACACAUAGGGAGUGUUUGUCUAUCUGGAGAGCUUAGCAAUAUACCCUAGUUUUAAAAAACUUAAUCAUGUUGACCUGAAAUUUUGUGUGUUGUGUCACAAGUGAACCUUUACUAAUGAUAAGUAGAAUACCAAUAUUCACGAUGAAUUUACUUUUUAAAAACUUAAAUAAGAUCAAUGGGAGGCCAUUCCUGUACUUCUGGCAGUCUCCCUUGUUUAGACCCCAGUAAGCUUUCAUGGGUGAGAGGGGAAGGUGUGGUGUUGGCUAGUAAGCAGGAGUCUAUGCAUAACCCUGGUGGCAGCCUGCAGUCUGUGGAUGAGGUGGAAAGGCUUUCUGCCCAAGGGCCUCAUCCUCUGGAUGAUGGAAAGUGGGGAAAGAGGAAAGCUAUUGUUCAAAGGUAUUAGGGUGGAUAUUCAAAGAGAUGCUGGCUGAAAACAAUCAUUUGGAAACUUUGUUUACACUCUGACUCUAUCAGUUCCUUAAUCCUUUCUGUCUUUUUGUCCUUCUCACAAAUGUGGAAAAGAUGCAGGACCCUGCUAGUAAUAAAGAUGCU